AUUUGCUCCCGGCGGCAGCGGGGCGGCCAGGCCGGUCCCCGGCGCCCGGCACCUUCACUCCCGGCAGCCUCGAGCGCGCACCACAGGCCCGCGGCCGAGCUCGUGCAUCCGGCCAUUGUUGCAUCUGCUACCUAGAGAAGAUGAGUGAAUCGAGCUCAAAGUCCAGCCAGCCCUUGGCCUCCAAGCAGGAAAAGGAUGGCACUGAGAAGCGAGGCCGGGGCAGGCCACGCAAGCAGCCUCCGAAAGAGCCCAGCGAAGUGCCAACACCCAAGAGACCCCGGGGCCGACCGAAGGGGAGCAAAAACAAGGGUGCUGCCAAGAUCCGGAAAACCACCAGCACAGCUCCUGGGAGGAAGCCGCGGGGCAGACCCAAAAAGAUGGAGAAGGAGGAGGAAGAGGGCAUGUCGCAGGAGUCCUCUGAGGAAGAGCAGUGACCGCCCACCCAUGCAGCCUGUCUGGACCCCAAGGAGCCUUUUCCUUCCGGGACUGGACAGCUUCACUCCACUCCCACACCCCUGCCCCCUGGGCCCACGCAUCGGCAACCCCUCCCGGGCACACCCCACUGCCACACUACACAGCACACCAGCCGCUGGAGGCCCCUUCCUGGGCCCAGUGGGCAAGCAAGUUUUCCUUUGGCUCAGUUCCCAGCGACCCCCCACCUGCACAUACACUUGCCCUCCCCGACAAGGCUAAUGGCCCACUUAGCUGCGCUCCCCCCACCCCCAGCACCUGCUGCCUCCCUGCCCUCAAGGGUGGGUGAACAUUGUUGUCCAGACCCACCUGCUCCCACUUGCCCCUCUGGCACCCCACAAAGGGACCUGGUGGGCUCCCCUGGCCUUAAAGGGGUCCACACCCCAUCUUCUGAACACCCUCAUUCCACCUUACUGGCAGCAGCAGGUGUGGUUCAUGUGUGUGGGGGUCCUUUGCCUGAGUGUGUCCCCAACCUGUAACCCCUUCCUCCAUCCCUACGCUAGUGUGUGGCCUAGGGGCACAGGAAGGCAGGAGGGACUCAGCCGCCACCACCGCCCCACUUCUCUGCAUUGCUGGGGUUCCAUGUGAGCUCCCAAAGGCCCAGGGUCCCUGUGGCAGCCACUUAGGUGGGCCAGGCUACACACCCACCCUGUCUGCUUAGACGCUAGGCCUCAGUUUCCCCCUUCAGAUGGGGCCCUAAUACCAAGGAGCUCACUUUGCCCACUCCUGCCACCCCCACCCCCCACUACCCCCAAGGUUCUGGUUCCAUCCUCCCUCUGUUCACAAACUACCUCUGGACAGUUGUGUUGUUUUCUGUUCAAUGUUUCAUUCUUCGACAUCCGUCAUCAUCGCUGCUGCUACAGUGCCAAAUGGUCAUCCUCCUCGCCUCCCCCAGGCCUGCCCUCCUCCUCCCUCCCCCAGGAUGCUGCUUCUAGGGGAAGGGGGCCAGGCCCAGCAGGCUGGGUGACUGACCAGCCCAGGCCCAGGCAGGGUGGGGGCUUGCCCCUAGGAUGCUGCAGCAGAGUGAGGAGGGGUGUGGUACUGGGGAGGGCACAGGGCCGCCCUCUCCUCCUGUGCUGUUGGGGAGGGGCAGCCGUUCUUCUAUGUCCCCCCUGGGGCCCUCCUCUGGUUUCCUAUUUGCAGUUACUUGAAUAAAGAAAAAUAUCCUUUUC